AUGGUUCGGGAGCGUGCGGCAGAGCAAGCACCUGCGAGCGGCCAGCAAGGAGGAAACGGUGAAGGAGGAGCUGUGGACGAGGCUCCAAGUGCUGUGGGCGUUGGUGGAGGAGCUUUUGCACGGACCAUUGACACGGGAAUGAUCGGGGCGAGCUACGGUCAAUUCAAGUUUGGAGUUGAACAUAUCUCCACCCAGUUAGCCCAACUCAGGAAGGGAGAUGAUGAGACGGCGGAAUCCUACUGCAAUAGGGCCCGCACCAUCCGAGCGGAGCUGCUGACCAUUGGACAGGAGGUCCAUAUGGCCACGUUUGCCGCCCACGUGCUAAAGGGCCUUCCACCGGAGUACGGAUUUCUUCGCCGCAAGCUCGAUAUUUCCAGCCCGGACAUGACGGUGGAACGCAUGUGCAGCGAGGUGUUAAUGGAGGAGCAGACUCUAUCCAUCGAACAGAGUUACAAGCAGAUCACCAGCGAUGCAUCUGCUUUCUCGGGCGCUGUCAACACCAUCGUGGCUACAACGGGGGUCAACGGGAAGGAAGUAAAAGGGGGAAGGGAGCAUACGGACAAGAAGAAGGAUGGCAAGCAGGAGAAGAAGCGAGCCCCCUUCAAGGGGCGCUGCUACAACUGCAAUGAGGAGGGGCACAUGGCUGCCAAGUGCCCCAACAAGAAGAAAGAUACAACGCCCGUGGCAGCCGCUAACAUUGCUGAAGGAGACGGGAAGGGCAUGGCACUCACCGUCGCAUGUUCGGCUGCAAAGUUGCUGGCCGACGACAAGGACUUGAGGUUCAUUGACUCAGGAUGCUCCCAACACAUGACCGGCCGCAAGGAGUGGUUCACGGUGAUCCGUGACCCAUCUGCAACAAAAUCAGUCAAAGGGUUCGAUGGUUCUAUGCAGGAAGUUGCCGGUGUUGCUCUUAGACAAGGGAGCAAAGCUACAAACCGAGGAAGGUGUCACUCGCAUCAUCGCAUCAAGAGGUCAAGUGGCUGCAACGGCACGAUUCCGCCAUCGCCUUCACUGCCUUGA